UGACCGGAAAUACGCAGAAAUGUAUUCUCUCAUGUAAAACAAGGACGUGCAGUCGUCAUUGAAAUAUGUUAAAAUGUCAAAUAUAAGCGUGUUACAAAGAUUACAAGUUGUUUCAUUCCAAUGAUUGAUAUUUAGUCAUUGCGCAUUUGCUUCUGUUGUACCUUUUCUCUUUCCGUAGUCAACAGGAGCCUGGGAAGCGUUGCAUGCUGGGAAAACACGUGCAGGGACCUCGCUAGCUGUACGUUUGUCCUGGUAUGAUAUUUAAUGUUUGUUCUGGGGUCUGCCAUCUCGCCGCCAUGUCGUCGUCCAAGAAGAGCGAGGCGGCGGACGAGCGUUUCGAGCGGGUCAAGCGGGACCCUCGGUUCUGGGAGAUGCCGGAGAAAGAGCACAAGGUGAAGAUCGACAAGCGCUUCCAGUCCAUGUUCCACGACCAGCGCUUCAAGAUGAAGGAGACGGUGGACAAGCGGGGACGACCCGUCAAGCACACGUCCAGCGAAGACCUCAAGCGCUUCUACCAGCUGUCGGACUCGGAGGAUGAGGAGGGGGAGGAGGAUGAUGAUGAGGAGGAGGAAGGAGGAAGGUCCGCGCAGGUCAAAGUUGAAAAAGUGAAGAAAGGUGAGGACGAUGGCGAGUCGGCCUUGGAUUCAGAGGACGACAGCGGUCCCGACCUGGCCCGAGGGAAGGGCAACGUGGAGAGCAGCUCGGACGAAGACGAGGACGACCACGCGGACGGCGAGGAAGAUGAGAUGGAGCACGAGUGGGGUGAUCUGUGCAAGGACGCGCCGCGCAGCGAGCAGGUCACACGCAGGCUGGCCGUGUGCCACCUGGACUGGGACCGCUUGAAGGCCAAGGACCUGCUGGCCCUGCUGGCCUCCUUCUGUCCCGAGGGGGGCGCCGUGCUGGCCGUCAAGAUCUACCUGUCGGACUUCGGCAAGGAGAGGCUGAGGCUGGAGGCGGCCCAGGGACCGCUGGAGCUGCGAGCGCUGCCCGACGACUCCGAGGACGACACGCAGGACGACAGGACGCACCGGGAGAGGAUGCGGGACUACCAGUUCAAGCGCCUCAGGUACUUCUACGCCGUGGCCGAGUGCGACUCCGUCGCCACCGCUGCCAAGAUCUACGAAGAGUGCGAUGGCUACGAGUACGAGAGCAGCUGCUCCAUCCUGGACCUGCGCUUCGUUCCCGACGACGUCACCUUCCAGGAGCUGCCCCGAGACGUGGCCACCGACGUCAACCUGGCGGCGUACACCCCCAAGCUCUUCACCUCGGCCGCCAACGCCACCUCCAAGGUGCAGCUGACGUGGGACGAGACGGACCAGGAGCGCGUGAGCGUCCUCAGCAGGAAGGUGAACAAGAGCGAGCUGCUGGACAUGGACUUCAAGGCCUACCUCGCCUCCUCCAGCGACGAGGACGACCUCCAAGAUGGAGGACGGCAAGACGCUGAGGAGGAGGGGAAGACGAAGAAGAGCGAGGAGCAUCUGUCCAAGUACCGCCAGCUGCUCCAAGGCCUUCAGGACAAGGACAAGAAGCAGGACAAGGACAUGGAGAUGGAGGUCACCUGGGUUCCAGGGCUAAAGGAAACCACGGAGCAGCUGGUGAGGAAGAAGAUGGAGAAGAAGGAGGCGCUGACUCCAUGGGAGGAGUUCUUGCAGAAGAAGAAGGAGAAGAAGAAGGAGAAGAAGAAGAAGGAAGUGGACGAGGAGGAGGAGGAGCUUAGUGACGACAGCCUUCCUCCAGACGUGGACCUCAGUGACCCCUUCUUCAGCCAGGAGCUCACCUGCUCAGAUGUCAAGAAGAAACACAAAAACAAGAAGAAGAAGAAGGAUGAUGAUGAGGAGCACACAGCUGAGGAAGAGGAAGAGCUGCAGAGACAAAAGGCUGCCAUGACGCUGCUGAUGGAGGAGAAGGAGGAGGAGCAACACUUCAACUACGACAAGAUCGUGGAGCAUGAGAACCUGAGCAAGAGGAAGAAGAGGAAGAUGAUGAAGAGCGGCCAGCAGCUGACUGACGAUCACUUCCAGGUGGACGUGAAGGACCCUCGCUUCCAGGCCAUGUUCACAUCCCACCUCUACAACCUGGACCCCUCCCACCCCAGCUACAAGAAGACCAAGGCCACGCAGAGCAUCCUGCACGAGAGGCAGCGCCGCCGCCAGCAGGAGGAGCGCCUCAAGAUGGAGGACGGCGCUCAGAGGGGGCGGAGUCAGGAGCGGGACGCCGCCACGCCGGCUCAGAAACAAGACAUGGAGCCCAGUUUGUCCCUGCUGGUCAAGUCCAUCAAGAGCAAGACGGAACAGUUUCAGGCCCGCAAGAGAGCUAAAAUCCUUUGAACCUUUCAUCACAUGAUGACAUCAUGCACACAUUAAAGACUUUUAUCACACUUCAA